AUGAUUAAAAGGUGGAUGAAAUGGAGGAAAAAAAGUAAAACGCUGGCGCAAGUAAAUGAUGACCCAGUCGUCACGAAUAACAGUGACUCACAUAGCUUGCAAUGUCUUGCUACAGCAGCUUUUCAUACAGAAACAAAACCGAGAACAUAUCGUGGUCCACGUUCUUGUCCUGAUGAUUUACGCUGUAGUCAUUGUGAGAAGUCUGGUAUUUUCAUGGAUAGCUCUUUCGACUUCAGGAACAGCAAUUCACGUGACAUGAUGCAUCGGAAUCGACGGCACCUUCAACGCUUUCGACCAACCCGUGCAUCUACUUCCGAAUAUGGUAGUGGUGACCCUUCACCUGUAGCUUUGUACACUGCAUAUAACCGUAGAUUGGAUAAUUCGGAUUCAGAUUCUUGGACUGUUGAAUAUGAAAGAACCCAGCAUAUUAUAGAGUUGGAGUCAAGGAUUCGAGAACAAAAAAAAAAAUUGAGAGAUUAUAAAGAAAAAUUGAGAGUCGAAAGAGAUUUGAGAGUUGUUAACGAGAGAAAUAUGAUGGAGGAAGUAGAAAAGUAUAAACAUGAAUUGAAGAAGGAAGAACGAGAAAGGAAAGCGACGGAACAAAGAUGCGUUGAAAUGAUUACUUAUUUGAAGAACAAACUUUCGCUUCUGGAACAGCAACAGUCAGUAAGUCAACGACAUGUGCAGCCGUCAAUGCCUAUUUUCAGUGGUUCGAAUGUUAGUGUGGAGAAAAGUAUUCACAAACUUGAAAGUAAGUUUAAUCUACCACAUUCAUUGCAAGUUAGCACUGCAUCAUCAGCGCUCUCGAAAACAAGUUUCAAUCAAGAAUUAGAUGAAACGAAAAAUUUUCGAGCACCAAAUGUGUAUGGUCACAUAGAAAUCAUUCGAAGCAGUGACCACAUAGCAUGCAGUGAAGUACUUGACGCUACUUGUUCUUCAACCACAGUACUUCAAGAAUAUGAUUCUGAUAAUGAUGAUAAUGGUUAUGUGACUACAUCUGAGUUCCUCACAAAAGCUACGCAAACAAAAGAUGGUUGA